CCGGGCUGCAGCCGCCGCCACGGCCGCCGCGGGCGCGCAUUGUGCGGAGAAGCGGCAGAUGCUAGCAGCGCCGGCCGCACGCGCGUCGGCCUCCUCGCGCAGAGGCUCGCCCCGCCGCCUGCCCGGCCCCCGCGCCUCCCCCUGUGCGGGCUGGGCGCCGAGGAGGGCCGGCAUGGCCUGAGUGUCGGCGGCGCCUCGGCCGAGCAGCGGGAUUGCGACAUGGGGAACCAGGACGGGAAGCUGAAGAGGAGCGCAGGUGAAGCCUUGCACGAAGGCGGAAGCGGCGCCGAGGAUGCCGUUGGGCCCAGGGAUGUGGAAGCCACAAAGAAGGGGAGCGGGGGCAAGAAGGCGCUGGGCAAGCACGGCAAGGGGGGAGGGGGCGGCGGCGGGGGGGAGCCGGGCAAGAAGAAGAGCAAGUCGGAAUCCAGAGCCUCCGUGUUCUCCAACCUGCGGAUCAGGAAGAACCUGUCCAAGGGGAAGAGCACCGGCGGCUCCCGCGAGGACGUGCUGGACCCCCAGGCCCUGCCGACCGGGGAGCUGGACAGCGCGCACUCUCUGGUCACCAAGACGCCAGACCUCAGCCUCUCGGCAGACGAGACGGGCCUGUCGGACACCGAGUGUGCCGACCCCUUCGAGGUAACCCGUCCGAGGGACCAUGGACCCGCGGAGGCUGGGGGUGGGGGCAGGGUGGUCUUGGAGGGUUUGGAGACCGCCGCGGGGACGCAGGAUGGACAAAGGACCAGUUCGGGCUCGGACACGGACAUCUACAGCUUUCACUCGGCCACGGAGCAGGAGGACCUGCUUUCAGACAUUCAGCAGGCGAUCCGCCAGCAACAGCAGCAGCAGCUGCUGCUGCUCCAGGGCCCCGAGGAGCCUGCGGCGCCCUCCACAGCCGCCUCCCCCCAGCCCGGGGCCUUCCUGGGCCUGGACCAGUACUUGCUGGGGUCCAGCAGCGCAGCCGGGGGGCCCCCUCGCAGUCCGGACACGGAGCAGGCGGUGCCUGCGCGCUCUGACCUGCCCGGCAGCCUGGUCCCCGAGCCCCGGGCGCCCGAGCAGCCCUCGCCCCCCGGCGGCCCCGGAGCCUCAGCGGAGCCCGGCCUGCCCGUGGGCCAGCCCGCGGCCGCAGACUCGCCCUCCUCCACCGCCUUCGCGUUCCCCGAGUCCUCGCCGGGAGAGGGCUCGGCCGCAGCCGCCGGGCCAGGGGCUGGGGACACUGACGAGGAGGGCGAGGAAGACGCAUUUGAGGAUGCCCGCCGAGACUCUCCGGGGGAGGCGUGGGGCCUGGGGGCGGGAGAGGGGCCCCCGGCGCCGGGGGCAGAGCCCGAGGGGGAGCCCGGCAGGCCCAGCGCCCCGGCGGCGGCCUCCCUGCCCAGCAGCCCCGCGCCCAGCCCGCGCUGCUUCAAGCCCUACCCGCUCAUCACCCCCUGCUACAUCAAGACCACCACCCGGCAGCUCAGCUCGCCCAACCACUCUCCCUCCCAGUCCCCCAGCCAGAGCCCCAGGAUCAAGAGGCGGCUGGAGCCCUCCCUGAGCCGGGGGCCCAGAGCCGCCCUGGUCUCGGCCGCCGCUCCAGCCAAGAAGCACCGGGCUGACGGCGGCCUCGCCUGCGGCCUCAGCCGCUCAGCGGACUGGACCGAGGAGCUGGGCAGCCGCGCUCCCCCGGCCGGGGGCUCUGCGCACCUGCUGGAACGCGGGGCGGCCUCGGAGGGGAGUGGGGGGGCGCCCGCGGCGCAGGCCGCCAAGGUGUCUGGGGCCCCGGCGGCUGCUGAUGGUUUCCAGAACGUGUUCACAGGGCGGACUCUGCUGGAGAAGCUCUUCAGCCAGCAGGAGAACGGGCCUCCAGAGGAAGCCGAGAAGUUUUGCUCCCGGAUCAUUGCCAUGGGUCUCCUACUUCCCUUCAGUGACUGCUUCCGGGAACCGUGUGAUCAGAACACCCAGUCCAGUUCAGCUCCGUUUGAUCAAGAUCAACUUUACACCUGGGCUGCGGUCAGUCAGCCCACUCACUCACUGGACUACACGGAAGGGCAGUUUCCCAGGCGAGCCUCGUCCGUUCGGCCACCAUCGAAGCCUCCUGAUGAAGAACACGGGCCGAAGGAUGCUGAAAAAGGGGAAGAUGGAGAAUCUCAGUCUGCUGUUUUGGAAACUCCAAAAAAAAGUUCAGAUGCUGUUGAGCGGGAAGUUCUUGACAUGAAGUCUGAAGGACAAGCAACUGUCAUUCAGCAGCUGGAACAGACCAUCGAGGAUCUGAGGACCAAGAUAGCCGCACUGGAGAAGCAGUACCCUGCCCUGGAUGUGGACGUGGCCAGUGGCCAUCACGGGGCUCAGAACGGAUUGGCACCCUUAGAAGGUGUCUGUCUUGAAGCUCUCAGGUUAGGAGAAAAGGAUGUACGGCAUGAAAGGAUUUUACAGGCAAAGUCCAUCCAGACGUCCCCGACGGAAGAGGGUGGGAGACCAACACUGCCUCCUGUUUAUGCACUACCGGAGUGUCCUCCCUGCCCCCCAGGGCCUGAACAUGGAGACUCAGCUCUGCCCUCUUCACCUUCUGGACCUCAGACAAAGUUCUGCUCAGAGAUCUCUCUGAUUGUGUCUCCAAGGCGAAUAUCAGUACAGCUUGACACACAUCAACCCACCUUGCCUCCACCACCUCUGUCCCUUCCCUGGUCUGACAAUCAAAGACAGGCCGGGUCACAACCUUCCCAUCCUUCUCUUCAUACUGAGUUUGAAACCAGCCAGCAACACUCUGUUUUCUCUUCCUUUGAAAACAGCCAUAGCAUCCAACCCUCACCACCUCUGCCUUGUAUAGAGUCUUCUGGCUCCAUGCCUGGAGUGGGCAUGAUGCUCCACCCACCUCCCCCUCUCCCUGGCACAACAGGGCCUGCUCCUCCCAGUACAGCCAUCCCCCCGCCUCCUCCUCUGCCUGGUACAGAAAUGCUACCACCUCCUCCUCCCCCUUUGCCUGGUGUGGGAAUACCUCCUCCCCCUCCUCUUCCUGUAGUGGGGAUACCUCCUCCCCCUCCUUUGCCGGGUGAGGGAAUACCUCCUCCUCCUCCCCUGCCAGGUGAAGGAAUACCUCCUCCCCCUCCUUUGCCAGGUGAGGGAAUACCUCCUCCCCCUCCUUUGCCAGGUGAGGGAAUACCUCCUCCCCCUCCCCUUCCUGGAGUGGGGAUACCCCCUCCCCCGCCUCUUCCCGGAGUGGGGAUACCCCCUCCCCCGCCUCUUCCCGGAGUGGGGAUACCCCCUCCCCCGCCUCUUCCCGGAGUGGGGAUACCCCCUCCCCCGCCUCUUCCCGGAGUGGGGAUACCCCCUCCCCCGCCUCUUCCCGGAGUGGGGAUACCCCCUCCCCCGCCACUUCCCGGAGUGGGGAUACCCCCUCCCCCGCCUCUUCCCGGAGUGGGGAUACCCCCUCCCCCGCCUCUUCCCGGAGUGGGGAUACCCCCUCCCCCGCCUCUUCCCGGAGUGGGGAUACCCCCUCCCCCGCCUCUUCCCGGAGUGGGGAUACCCCCUCCCCCGCCUCUUCCCGGAGUGGGAAUACCUCCUCCCCCUCCCCUACCAGGUGAAGGAAUACCUCCUCCCCCACCUCUUUCCCAAAUGGGAAUACCUCCUCCCCCUCCUUUGCCUGGACUUGGGAUUCCUCCACCUCCUCCUCUGCCAGGUAUGGGGAUCGCAUCUGUUCCAGCUCCCCCUGCCACUUCUGGGACAGGCAUUCCCCCACCCCCUCUUCUUCCUGGAUCAGGCCCUCCCCUACCCCCUCAAGCUGGAAGUAGCACUUUAUCAGCACCACAAGUGUGUGGCUUUCUUCCUCCUCCGUUGCCAGCUGGCUUGUUUGGAUUGGGGCUCAACCAAGACAGAGGGAGUAGGAAGCAGCCAGUAGAGCCUUGUCGGCCCAUGAAGCCUCUGUAUUGGACGAGAAUUCAACUUCAUAGUAAAAGAGACACCAGUGCUUCACUUAUUUGGGAAAAAAUUGAAGAGCCAUCCAUAGAUUGUCAUGAAUUUGAGGAAUUAUUUUCUAAAACUGCUGUGAAGGAGAGGAAAAAACCUAUUUCUGACACCAUCGCGAAGGCCAAGGGUAAACAAGUGGUCAAGUUAUUAAGCAACAAAAGAUCACAAGCAGUUGGAAUAUUAAUGUCUAGCCUUCAUUUAGAUAUGAAAGAUAUACAACAUGCUGUUGUGAACUUGGACAAUUCUGUGGUUGAUCUGGAGACCCUUCAAGCUCUCUAUGAGAAUAGAGCACAGUCAGAUGAACUGGAAAAAAUUGAGAAGCACGGCCGGUCCUGCAAAGACAAGGAGAACGCCAAGUCUCUGGACAAGCCGGAACAGUUCCUUUAUGAACUGUCCUUAAUCCCCAACUUCUCAGAGCGAGUCUUUUGUAUUCUGUUCCAGUCCACGUUUUCAGAAAGCAUUUGCUCAAUUCGUCGCAAACUGGAGUUGCUGCAGAAAUUGUGCGAGACAUUAAAAAAUGGCCCAGGGGUUAUGCAGAUCCUGGGUUUGGUUCUUGCUUUUGGCAACUACAUGAACGGUGGGAAUAAGACUCGAGGACAGGCAGAUGGCUUCGGAUUAGACAUUCUUCCAAAGCUGAAAGAUGUCAAAAGCAGUGACAAUAGCAGAAGCCUUUUGUCAUAUAUUGUUUCCUAUUAUCUUCGAAACUUUGAUGAGGAUGCUGGAAAAGAACAGUGCGUUUUUCCACUGCCAGAACCCCAGGACCUUUUUCAGGCCUCACAGAUGAAGUUUGAAGAUUUCCAAAAAGAUCUCAGAAAACUAAAGAAAGACUUGAAAGCCUGUGAGGUGGAGGCAGGGAAAGUAUUCCAGGUGUCCUCAAAAGAGCACAUCCAGCCCUUCAAAGAAAACAUGGAACAAUUUAUCAUUCAAGCUAAAAUUGAUCAAGAGGCAGAAGAAAACUCACUGACAGAGACUCAUAAAUGCUUUUUGGAGACUACAGCCUAUUUCUUCAUGAAGCCAAAACUUGGAGAAAAGGAGGUGUCCCCAAAUGUUUUCUUCAGUAUCUGGCAUGAAUUCAGCUCUGACUUUAAAGACUUUUGGAAGAAAGAGAACAAACUCAUUCUACAAGAAAGAGUAAAAGAAGCCGAAGAGGUCUGCAGGCAGAAAAAGGGAAAAUCACUUUAUAAAAUAAAACCAAGACAUGACUCUGGAAUUAAAGCAAAGAUAAGCAUGAAAACCUGAACAAUGAGAAGCAGAAUAAAUAUGAGUCACUGUAACCACUUCCACAAAAUUCAGCUGACCUGAGGACGGGAAGGAAACUACAUCAUUUUGUUCAUUUUUCCUCUUGACCUCUUGCAUAAUCUUUGUGUUUUCUAAACAGUUCACUGAUUGUUGAAUUUUACUGUAUAUUCAUGAAAAUGCAAAAGCAGUAGACCAGUGGAGAAUUUGACACCUUUUCAUUUUUGUAAAGUUUAUGGUAUCAUAUCGAUAGACCAAAACAACAGCAUGUAUAAGAGGCAAUAUUUCCAUUAAUGCUGAACAUGCUAAAUGUUAACCUAAAAUUUACUUUUGUGACAAUAUUCCUUGUCCCAGCAAACCACUUUCCUUUCUACUGACAACCAGUACUCCCUAUCACUGCAUUUAGAUUUAUGGUUAAAAUGUUAUUUCUAGUGAAUCGUUUGUAUCAGUUCCAUGUCUACAUAUAAAUUUUCUAUUUUAAAAUUUAAGUACCAUUUAUAUAUCAUGAUCAAGGCUUUCCCAAUUCUUGGGUUGCUCUCCCUAACUAUAUAUUUGUGAAAGAAGAUUAUCAUUUUUUACUCAAGUCAGAUAAUGAAUAGAAGAAAUAUAGCAAAAGAGGUAAGCCCUUUCCUAUAAAUCAUCUAAUAUAGGCAGGAAUCAGAGUUUUAAGUUUAAUGAGGGCUUUUAUCGGCCUGUUGUUGAGACCCUAUAUAAAGCUAAUGUUCAACUAAAAUAACCUAAAGGUGUGCCUCUGUAUAACUUUACCAUUGGCCUUCACAAAGAGAACAUGACUCCAUAUUUUGAAGGAAUUUAAUAAACGAUGCUCAUAAAGUUGCCAAACAUGACUAACUGUUGGCCAAAAAAAGGGGGUGAGAAAGUGAGUUUUUGGAUGGAUUGACAUCUGUUAAUUAAACAUACCUGCCUGAGUAUUUUUACAUGAUUGGGAUUGUCUUUAUGUGUUAUAGCAGGUGAUUAAAGGCUGUAAAAUGAGUAUAUAAUGAUUUGUUAUCUGAAGGAGCUUAGGAAAGGAUUUUCUUUUAUUUCGCUUUGAGGGGUAAAAAAAAAAAAAAAAGUAAAUCUCCCACUCUUCGUGAGAGUACGUUAACAUCGUCUCAUGACGCGUCGUGAUGGUUUUGUCUAACAGUAAUAGGCGGGUUUUUAAAAAUUCUUUUGAUAUUUGUUGGAGGUUAUGGUGGUUGAUAUUUCUCGCUAUUGGAAACCAACUGAAAAGAGAAAAUGUUCCAACUCAUAACUACGUUUGCAUUUAUGUAAAGUACGGUCUCUUUUAGUUUGUAGUUUAAGUGCACAGAAACAGUAGUGGACUUGGGUUGUCGUUUUGUAGUCUUCGGUCUCCUUCAGCUCCUCUGAUGUGUAUAUUCCCAUUCUUCACUGAAAUAAUAGGGCAUUUAACAAAGAUCGCUAUGUGCAAUACUGUAUUUAGUGUUUCUAUUUCAAUUUUUCUAGGAUGUUAAUUUAUAUGAAAAUAAAAUGAAUAAUAAAAGA